AUGUCCAAUUCCAACCCCCCUCUAAUAACCCACAUCUACACCGCCGACCCCUCAGCCCACGUCUUCAAUAACAAAGUGUACAUCUACCCCUCCCACGACCGCGAAACAGACAUCCAAUUCAACGACAAUGGCGACCAGUACGACAUGGUAGACUACCAUGUCUUUUCCAUGGACUCCAUCUCCGGCCCCGUAACAGACCACGGCGUCGUAUUAACCCUUUCCGACGUCCCCUGGGCAAGCAAACAGCUCUGGGCACCUGAUGCGGCAACCAAAGACGGCAAAUACUAUCUCUACCUGCCUGCCCGUGAUCACGACGGUAUAUUCCGGAUCGGGGUCGCCGUGGCUGAGAAACCGGAGGGACCGUUCACGGCCCAGAAGAGUUUUAUCGCGGGGAGUUAUAGUAUUGAUCCUGCGUCGUUCGUGGAUGAUGAUGGAAAGGCGUAUCUUUAUUUUGGGGGUAUUUGGGGUGGGCAGUUACAGUGUUGGUCGAAAGAUGCUGGCGCUGCAGGGGAAUGGGUGUUUGAUGCUUCGAAGACGGGGCCUCAGGAGCCGUCGGGUGAGAACGAGCUUGCUCUCCAUCCGCGUGUUGCGCAGUUGACGGAUGAUAUGUUGGGAUUCGAGACCCCUGUGCAGGAACUGGUUAUUUUGGACCAGGAUGGGGUCAGUCCUCUCAAGGCGGAUGAUCAUGAGAGACGCUUUUUCGAGGCAUCUUGGAUGCAUAAGUAUAAUGGGACGUACUAUUUUAGUUAUUCGACUGGGGAUACGCAUUAUAUUGUGUAUGCGACUGGGGAGAGUCCAUUCGGUCCGUUUAGGUACAGGGGUCGCAUUUUGGAGCCUGUGUUGGGGUGGACGACGCAUCAUUCGAUUGUCGAGUUUGGAGGGCGGUGGUGGAUCUUUUAUCAUGAUUGUGAACUUUCCAAGGGGGUCAGUCAUUUGAGGAGUGUGAAGGUUCGGGAGAUUGGAUAUGAUGAUCAGGGGGACAUUUAUUUGGUGGACUAA